AGGAGCAAAACAACCAUCGCUGCCAUCCGUCCGUCCGUAAAACCGCGAGGAAACGAGAAAAAGGUCACAACUUGGGACGCAGCCUCCGACGGCGACGGCCGCCAUUUGUUUACUCGCUCGCUCCUCCGCUCCGCUCCGCUUCCCCCUUUUCCCCUUCCCCUCCCCCUCCCCCUCCCUAUCCACCACCUCCAGCCACCGCCGCACCAACUCCUCUCUCCUGUCCCCCUCGAUUGGUUGCGCCACCAACCUGACCGCACCAAGCUGAGCCAAGCACGCCCGAGCAAAGCGGGGGGAGAGAGAGGACCAGGAGGAUCAUCCCGACAGCCGCGCGCCGCCGGCCCGUCCGGCGCCCAGAUCCCGCCCAAUUAGGAGGUACAGUUUUUUCCUCUGUGUGUCCGCAUGAGCAGAAGAGACAGUAGGAGAAGUGAUCUUGGACUAAAGCGCACCAGCUCCUGACCAAUUUAGGAGGCAUACAUGCAUAAUGAUGUUGGAAUGGUGUCCAGUAGAAGGAAUUCCACAGGGAUGUUCCACCGCGAUGGUCCAGCCAAGGACUGGUCCCAGUUUGCCGACCCCUCGCCGUCUCCUAAACUGCUCUACUCACAGUCCUAUGUCGUCAUGAGGGGGCUGCUGGCAUCGCUGGCCUCUCUGGAUUUCGCCCUGUGGUCAAGCACGAUGAAGUCUGCAUGGCGAUCGCCCGAGCGGUCCAAGUCUAAGGGGCCGGGCUGCAAGAGAGUUGCGUUCCGGCUGUUUGUUUGUUUCAUGGUCGGCAUCUUCAUCGGGUUCACGCCCUUCUUCUCUGUCGAUGUAUCUCAGAAGAUAGUCUCGAGGCUCCCGUUCGACGAUGGGGUGGAUGAUAAGGUUAAGGAGUUGGAUGCGAUCGUAGUGCAGAAAGAGGUUGAGGUGAUUGACGAGCCCGAGGUUGAACCGCAGAGCCCUCCGGUUCCUGCAAUGUUGGAUGAUGAGGUGGAUUUCGUCGAAGCUGCAAAACCUGCUAUUACUGAUUUGGUCAUCCCUGUGAGGAAGCUUCUGAUAGUGGUGACAAUCACUUCUGCUCGCCCACAACAGGCGUAUUACUUGAAUCGUCUAGCUCAUGUUCUGAAAGGUGUACCACCUCCUCUCUUAUGGCUAGUGGUGGAAUGGCCUGUUACUACCUUUGAAACAGCGGAAAUCCUCAGGUCUUCUGGGGUUAUGUACAGGCAUAUUGUCUGCAGGAAAAAUCUUACCAGUGUACGGAAGAUUGCUGUCUGUCAAAGGAACAAUGCAAUCUAUCAUAUUAAGAAGCAUCACCUUGAUGGUAUAGUGCACUUUGCUGACGAAGAGCGGUCAUACAUGGGUGAUGUAUUUGAAGAAAUGCGGAAAAUCAGGCGCGUUGGUGCAUGGCCUGUAGCGAACCAUGAUGCAAGCAAGUACAGGGUGGUCAUCGAAGGGCCUAUGUGUAAAGGAAACCGAAUCACUGGAUGGAACACAAUUCAGAAGAAGGGUGCACCUCGUCGAUUCCCAAUUGGUUUCUCUGGGUUUGCUUUCAACAGUACAAUGCUCUGGGAUCCUCAAAGGUGGAACCGCCCAGCUAUGGAUUCUGUUAUCGUCCACUCUGGUGGUAGAGGUGGUCUGCAGGAGUCGCGGUUUGUUGAGAAGCUUGUUAAGAACGAGCGUCAAAUAGAAGGCCUUCCAGACAACUGCAACCGGGUCAUGGUCUGGAACUUCGCCCUGGAACCUCCCCAGCUCAACUACCCCACCGGAUGGUCAUUGUGGAACCACCUUGAAGUCGACAAAGAACUGUAACCUAGGAAGUCUCUGCAACCGUCUCUGCACCGUCUCAAGCAUGAUAAACCUUUGCGGUGGCAUAGAGGUUCUGAGUUUCGACUUUGUGCUGUCCACCACUAGUGGCCGCAGCGCUGCUAACCGAUUGCCCUCCGAAACAGCCUGCGCGACGGGACCCGCAAAGUCGUAGUGUCAAUCAUACUAGUAGCAGUGCCAAGCAGAACUACCUGACCAAACUUUCAUCUUCUUCUUUUUGCGUGCUCUCUGUAUUUUUUUUUGUGCCCUUCGUUUCCCCUCCGUAUUCGCCGGUGCAUACUGCCCAUGUAGAUUUUUUUCCCACGGCCUUUUCUGUGUUUAUGAUACGUUUACAGAUGUAAAAACCUGCAGCCAUUGCAGCUGUUGACAGUGAAUGCAAUACCACAGAUUUGUAACUGUUAA